AUGUCGUCUUCCGCGACCGCCAACGGCCCGUUCGGUUAUCCAUCUGUUCGACGGGACGAUACCGUUGAGACCUUGCACGGUCAUAAGGUUGCCGACCCGUACAGAUGGCUGGAAGACCCCGACUCGGAGGAAACCAAAGUCUUUGUAGAGGCACAGAAUAAGCUCUUCUUCGAUUACAUCGGGAAUUAUCCUAAGCGGGAGACUUUUAAGCAGAAGCUCACCAACCUGUGGAACUUCGAGAAGUUCGGCUGUCCGUUCAAGCGCGGCGACAAAUAUUACUACUUCCAUAACAGCGGUUUACAAGCCCAGUCGGUGCUGUACCAGCAGGAAUCCCUAGAUGCCGAAGCAAAGACGUUCUUGGAUCCCAACAAACUCUCAGACGACGGCACAGUGUCUCUGAACACCUAUGGCUUCUCAAAGUCUGGAAAGUUCUUCGCUUAUGGCUUAUCUGCUAGCGGAAGUGAUUGGGUCAGCGUUCAUGUCCGUGAAACCCAGCCAGGAUCGAAGGAGAACUACGAGGAGAAGCCACUUGAGUGGGCCAAAUUCACGGGAUUGGAAUGGACCCAUGACGACAAAGGUUUCUUCUACUCUCGGUACCCCAAGCCCGAGAGGGAUACGGACAAGGGCACCGAGACGGACUCCAACAAAAACGCUGCUUUGUACUAUCACAAGAUCGGCACUCCACAAAGCCAGGAUAUCGUGAUCUUUAAACCUGAAGAUCCUGAACACAUGGUCGGAGCCGAAGUGUCGGACGACGGAAAAUACCUCGUUAUCACGGUCAUACGUGGUUGUGACCCGGAGAGGAAGCUGUACAUUGUUGACUUUGCGAAAACGUUUGCAAAGACGGGCAAAGAGGAAGUCACUGGUGAUUUUGAGAUGAUCAAGGUCGUUGACGAAUUCACUGCAGAGUGGGACUACGUUGCAAACGAGGGCACUGUGUUCUGGUUCCAAACCACAUUGGAAGCCCCGAAGCGUCGCAUUGUCAAGUACGACUUGGCUCAUCCCGAAAAAGGCUUCGCGGAAGUCAUUGCACAAAGCGAGGACGUGUUGACGCAAGCGCGCGUCGUCAACGAGGACAAGCUGAUCCUUGUGUACCUCCACGACGUCAAGCAUGUUGCUAGACUGCAUGCGCUGCACACCGGAAAAGACCUAGAACCCAAAGAACUUCCCCUUCCUCUCGGAUCCAUCAUUGGAUCUCUCUCGGGACGAAAGGAAGACAAGGAAAUUUUCUAUUCCUUCUCCUCUUUCAUCACGCCGGGGUCAAUCCACCGUUACGACUUUGAGACCUCGAAGCAUUCCGUGUUUCGUGAGACGAAAGUCAACGGACUCAAGGCUGAUAUCUUGGAGACGAAGCAAAUAUUCUUCACGAGUAAAGAUGGAACCAAGGUGCCUAUGUACAUCAUUUCUCGCAAAGACGCGAAGCAAGACUCGAACAAUGCAACACUGCUCUACGCAUAUGGAGGCUUCAACAUCUCCAUUACCCCGUCCUUUGCAGUGACCUGGCUGAACUUCAUCCAACACAUGAAGGGUGUCGUAGCUGUUGCCAACAUCCGAGGUGGAGGUGAAUACGGCCAAGAAGCCUGGUACGACCAAGGCAAGCUCGGCAAGAAGCAAAAUGUGUUCGACGACUUCCAAGCAGCCGCAAAGUACCUGAUCGACAACAAAUGGACCAAGCCGGACAAGCUGGCCAUAAACGGCGGAUCGAACGGAGGACUUCUCGUCGGUGCCUCAAUCAACCAAGCGCCUGAACUCUUUGGAUGCGCAAUUGCGGAUGUCGGAGUGAUGGACAUGUACCGGUUCCACAAGUUUACCAUUGGGCACGCGUGGGUCUCUGAUUAUGGAAACCCUGAUAAGAAAGAGGAUUUUGAAGUUGUGCGAAAAUACUCCCCUCUUCACAAUGUGCAAAAGGACAAGCCUUACCCUGCUGUCUUGAUCACGACCGGAGACCACGACGACCGAGUUGUUCCGCUGCAUUCCCAUAAGCUGCUCGCAACCUUACAACACGAAGCUCGAAACAACGCGAAGCCUAUCCUGGAAAGAGUUGAAACCAAGGCCGGCCACGGAGCAGGGAAGAGCACCGCGCAGCGGAUCGAAGAAGCAACGGACAAGUUUUCUUUCCUUGCUUUGGCUUUGGACCACCAUGUUUGGGAAGAUUGA